CUAUUUAAUUUGGUCUCUCAGUUCUGCUUAUGAAGGCUACUUCAUACUUACGGUUUCCGCUGGUUUAUAGGUGUUGUCAUGGAAGCAAAACCUCAGCUUGUGGGGAUCCACGAGAGAGUCAGAAACGAUAUUGAUGCACAACCUUCUUAAGAGAAUGGUGGAAAGCGAAUAUCUACUGCAACCAAUCCAAAUGCAGAAGAAGCUGCAGAUCUCUUGAGGUAUGGAUAUAUAUCCCUUUGUCUCUUCAUCAUUCUUUCGUGAACUCAUAUUGCAAAAUCCGAGCUUGAUUACUGGUUGCGUGUGGUUGAUUAUCACAGGUUCGAGCUAUAUUGUUGGAUCAUUCUUUCUCUGGCUCUGGAACCAUUACAGAUCGUCUGGACCAUCUCCUUCCUUCUCAUUCAGCAGGUUCAACUGAUUCUUCUAUGUGUAUAUGUGUGUGUUUUAUAACAAAUUUGUUCGUCUUUCUCCUUCGUGAUGAAAGUGUUCUAAAACAAUUUGUUCUUCCUUCUCCUUUGUCCUUCCUUUGCUCUAAACAAUUUGUUCUUAAUAUUUUUUUUAAGAACUUUUAAAUAAAAAAUUUGCAUUGGACUACACAAAUAUUCUCAUCUCUUAACUAAUCUCUUAAAUUCACUUUUCCAACUUAAAAAUAUUAAAAAAUGAAUAAGAGCUUCUAAGAACAGGUUUAUUGAUGUCCUUUAAAGAAUGGUUGUUAAGCAUAAUUGCAAUUAAAAUAAAGGAAAAAAAGAAGAAAAGAGGUGAGACGUACCUUAUUUAAGCAAAAGAAGAGACGUUGCUUCCAUUACUUCUUCAUCUUUUGUUUGUCUCUCUCUCUCUAUGACCCCACUUAAAAAGCAUUUAAGAGUUUUACCAUUAAACAAGUUCUAAGUGUCUCUUAGGGACAAUGAUGGUCUUAGAAACAUGGGAUAUACAUAACAAAACUUAAUAAUAGAAAAGAGACUUAUAUAAAACUAAACUAUACUUCGUAUAUUCCCUCUUUAACUCCUAAUUCACCAAUGGAGAGUUCUCCGAUGUAAACGGUUCUAAAUUUUGAAUAAACUAUAUAUAGAACACACAACUAUCCAUAAAGUCUAGGCAUGCACCAUCGUCUCCAAUCUUUCUUCUUCUUCUUCUUUUAGGCGUCUUCGUAAUCAGAGAACCCUAAUCUUUUCUUCUUGAUUUCUUCAAAUGCAUCACAAGGCUUCAAGCAGAGACACCAACAGCCAGAACUUUCCAAAACUCAAGAGUGUAGAAACUGAUCCAGAUCCUGACAUUUAUGACAUAACAUACGUCGAUGUCUCUCCCUCUGUCGGCUCCACUUCUCCUCUAUCCAAAUCCCCAUGGAUCGCACACGUCGAUCCCACCGACCUGGAACCGCCCCAUUCGGGGAUAAAGUCCACAGCCAACACAAGAGAACCUAAAAACUACUCACCUAACAUACUCAUGGGCUCUCUCUUCCGCGAAGAAGGCCAUAUCUAUUCUCUAGCCACAUCUGGCGACCUACUCUACACGGGAUCUGACUCCAAGAACAUUAGGGUUUGGAAAAACCAAACCGAGUUCUCGAGUUUUAAAUCCAACAGCGGUUUGGUCAAAGCCAUUGUCCUAGCCGGAGACAAGAUCUUCACGGGACAUCAGGACGGGAAGAUCCGUGUGUGGAAAGUCUCGUCCAAAGACUCCAACAUCUUUCGACGUAUAGGUACCAUGCCGGUGUUUCGAGACUACCUCAGAAACUCCAUCACGCCUUCUUCGUACUUCAGUUUCAUGAGAAAGAACCCGACCAGCACCAGCGCUCAGGGGUUCCGCCACGUGGACGCGAUCUCGUGCCUCACGUUGAGCGAAGACAACAAGCUUUUGUAUUCCGGGUCGUGGGACCAAACGUUUAAAGUGUGGAGGAUCUCGGACCUCAGAUGCUUGGAGUCGGUGAAGGCCCACGAUGACGCCGUAAACGCCGUCGUUUCAGGUUUCGACGGUUUGGUUUUCUCCGGUUCGGCUGACGGUACGGUUAAGGUGUGGAGGAGAGAGGACCAAGCCAAGGAGACGAAACAUUUCUUCUCCGAGACGCUGCUGAAACAAGACUGCGCCGUUACGGCGAUCGCGGUUGAUCAGAGCGCGACGUUAGUUUACUGCGGUUCGUCUGACGGAACCGUUAACUUCUGGGAGCGGGAUAAUAACAUGAAAAACGGCGGCGUUUUGAAGGGGCAUAAACUCGCCGUGCUAUGCCUCGUGGCUGCGGGGAGCUUGUUGUUCAGCGGCUCGGCUGAUCUCGGGAUUCGCGUUUGGAGGAGACCGGAGCGUGGUGACGGCAGAGGCGGAGACGUUGGAGGAGGAUUGCACGUGUGUAUUGCGGUGUUGAAGGGACAUGCAGGUCCGGUGAAGUGUAUGGCAGUGGAGAGAGAUCAAGAAUCGGCUUCCGGUGAGAAACGGUGGAUCGUGUACAGUGGGAGUUUAGAUAGGUCGGUGAAGAUGUGGCGUGUGUCGGAGAGUUCGCCGCCGAUUGAAGACCAGUCAUCGGAUCCGUUUGAUAGUCCGACUGAAUUAACGAUGGCUCCUAGCUUCUCGGGUCAAGGGAGAGAAUGAACCCCCAAACAAUAGUUUUGUUUCGUUUUGUUAUGUGUAACGAUUUACAUUUUUUUCUUCAUUUUAAUUUGGUAAAUUAUAUUCGUUAAUUAUUUCUUCUUUUUAACAUGGUAAAAUGUUCUCGUUAAUUAUUUUGUCUUUCUUGUUAACAUCAUCUCAUCUACCUGAUCGAGUGUUAGGCAUAAAUCAUAAAGCUAAGGGAUAAUACAAGUUCUUGUAAGGCUUGCAUUUUUGUUAUCAUUCUUAGAGCAAGUCCAACAAUGAUCCUUAGUUGCAGUCCUUGAAAAAGAAAUUAUUAUAAAACUAUGUAGACCCCAUGAUUUUUAGGUUUUUGUGCAAGUUGGUGUUCUUAAAUUUCUUCGCUAAGGAUUCAAUUCGGUGGAGUCUGUUAACUAUUCGCGGACCCCACUGACAUGUAGCGGCCCGCGAUUGGUUAGAUUUUUUUAAAGAUUUUAAAGGAGGUACACGGUUGCAGAUGCUCUUAGGCCUCAGGCAUUAAUUUAGGUUUAGAUUAGGUCUUUCCAAGUUUCAGAUUUCUGGAUUCAUUCUCAUAGACAAUAUUCACAUAUUGUUUAAGUAUGAUCGGUUUGGUUAAUAAAGAUUUUGGUUCAUAUGCAAAUUAUAACUCAUUGCAAAAUUAAGUUUGUAACCAUACUUAUUCUGGAGCUUUGGGACACACUGUAAGGAUCUGAUUGCAAUGAUAAAUGAACCUCAUACGUAGCCAAGCUUUGCGACAUAAUUGGAGAAGAUAGAGACGCUACAGAUAUGUUUCCCGGACUUCAACAUCAUUCAUGUUCCACGAGUGUGCAAUCAGAUUUCAGACUUUUUAGAUAAAACUGCUGUUAGAUCCUUUCAUAGAGAGUUACAUUUUAGUAGUUGUUCUAUUACGGUCUGGUUAUCCAUACCACCUCAAGUUUGAGUUAUAGAAUGACUUUUUGACGUUAAAAAAAAAACAUACUUAUUCCGGAUUCAGGCUACUACUUCAGAUUUUUAGAUAUCAUAUAAAAAUUAAAAUAUGAAUUUGAGUUUGUAAAAUAUUUAUUUUCAUAUUAAAAUAACCAUGGAAUUGAGUAUUUAAAGUAUUUAUUUACAUUUUGAAUAUUUAUUUCACUUGCUAAUUUGGAUUUUCAUGGUUUUCGAAAUCUUACAAUACUAAAAGUGCUUUAGGGUCAUCAACUAGCUAUGCCACAUAGGCAAAAAAUUCAUGACCAAUUAAAUUGACAUCUUAGCUUUAAAAUCCAUGUCAUCCAACGAAAAGAAAAAAACCUACAAUUCAAUCGGCGAUUAUGAAUCGUUUCUUCACCCUCUUUCAUCAAUUCAGCCAUUAUAACUCCUUCAAAACACUCAAACCGACGAUAUAAAUCCACUCUCUUAUUCUAUAUAAGCCAAUGUCGAUCCAAGUCCACAAGUCCAAACUCACAGGUUCGGUUUCUUUAGCGUAUAUGUUUUCUGUAUUUGUACACAGGUUCAGUAUGUUAAUUAAUCAUCUCAUCGAAAGAGGAGCUCAGUGUAAGUGACAUUUAACAUCACAUGCUUUGGAUAUUAAAACUUAACGAGGCGUUCGUUCAUUGAUGCAGUUAAUCAGCUCGGUAGAUGUGAACGUGCGUAAGCUUUCUUCUCUUUGUUCUUGAAAAGUUAACAUCUCUUGGCUUCCUUAAAAAAGAAAAAAAUUGCUGGUUUGUUAACGAAAUUUAACAAUCAUUUAGAUUGUCUAGCUGAUGGAACUCGAGAUAUCGAUGGUAAAGAAGAAUAAAACUCAAAGACUGUUGGUCCUCGGAUGGAUAUGUUCCCAUAUGUGUCUUAGGACGAAAGAUGGGUCUCUAUUCCGUAUACUCCUUUAUACUUAUAUUUUGAUUUUUAAAGUAUUGAAUUUUAUGUGUUUUCUCUACUCAUCUCCUAAUGUUGUUGUGAUCUGUCUUAUCAAAGAGGAGAUCCUGGAUAAUUGGUCUGGGUCGGAAGAUAUUCAGUCAUAACGGUCUCUGGAUCGUUUCUUUGUGUUUCGUGGUAUGCGAUGUUUCUCAUAUAGUUAGUUUCACCAUUUGCAUUUUAAUAAUGCUAUUUGAUGUUGCAACAUCAAAUAUAUUUGCUACAUUUAGGUGAGCAGAUUCAAUUCUGUCAUACGUGUAUCUGAGAGUGAAGGAGAUAUGAGCAGAACUGGACAGAGAAAGGUCUCUGGCAAACAAAAAGGAGAUAUGUCUAACAGGGAGUGUAGACUAUCACUAGAUGGAGAUUAGACCCCGAAUGGUCAAUUUGCAACUCAGAGUGGUGACCAGGACUGUCCUGAGCCUGGUAAGCUACGUUGGUCAAAGAAAUGCUCUGUGGCCGCAUAUACAAAUUUAGAUGAAAACAAGAUUAUUUGGAAAAAAGGAGGCAUUGAUCCUUACAUUGAUUUCAGUUGUGCGAACAUUGCUUCUAAGUUCACUGCGAAAAGCACAAGGCAGUGUAGAAGAAGAUGGUGUACAUAUAUUUUACGACUAUGAUCCUCUGAAGAAGAUGCACUUCUGUGUGAGGUUAGAUUUUUUUAAUCACAUACGUUUAUAGAGUUGGCACCCGAAGAAGAUGCAUGCUACACCAGCUUCUUAAGUUCGGCUUUCAUUGAGAUGGCUCGACCAAUAAAGACUAAAUUUGUGUAAGUAAGAAAAGAUCAGUCCACACCAGAAAUUUGAAGAUGCUAGAGUCUAAGGUAUCUCUAUAAUCUAAUAUCUAAUAUUAUAAUUAAAUUAAUUUCUUCUGAUUUGCUUAUGCAGUUAUCAUCCCUAUAAUUGUUCAUAUUGAGCUGUUGCAAAUAUGAAUAUUUUCAGUUGAUUUUUUUGUUCUGAUGGCUUAAACGAUCAUCUCCAACAAUCCCGUUGUCAUUCAUGUCCUCUCACGUUCUCUUUUCUGUUUUGAAAUUAGUCCUGCAAAUUCAAGGUAAUAUCAGUAGUGGUAUAGCUUUGAAGAAUCUUUGGAAAACACGUUCUCUUAUACUGUGUUGCAAUUCUUAGUUUACAUUGAUUCAUUAGCUUCUUAUAAAGUUG